GCCGCCGCCGUUGCCGCGCCGCGGCCUCGCAGCACCGCGGCAGAAGGCAUGUCGAGCGCGAAGAGGAAGGCGAAGACGAAAACGGUGCCGCCGGACGGCGGAUGGGGCUGGGUCGUCCUCUUCUCCGCCCUCGUGGUCAACUUCCUGAUCCCGGGCACGGUGAAGUCGUUCGGCGUGCUUUUCGUCGAGUUCCUGCACGUUUUCAAGGCGUCCUCCACGGCGGCCUCCUGGAUGCCGGCGUUAUGCUACUUUCUGUACAGCUCGUUAGGUCCUUUAUCCAGUAUUCUGUCGACCAAGUACUCUUACAGGACGGUGACCCUCAUCGGCGGCACCUUCGCAGCCAGCGGGAUGAUGUUAAGCUAUUUCGCCAAUUCAGUUACCUACCUUUACGUCAGUUACGGGCUCAUGGUCGGGAUUGGCGCUGGAUUAUCAUUCCCACCGACGGUGUACAUCGUUACGUCGUACUUCGAGAAGCUACGGGGUGUAGCGAACGGCUUGUGCAUAUCUGGCAGCGCAAUUGGCACUAUAGUGUUGCCACCGUUGCUGCAAUAUCUCCUGGAUUGUUUCGGAUACAGAGGAGCGGUACUCAUCAUGGGCGCGAUCACGUUGAACACACUGGUAUGCGGCCUCUUGUACCACCCGGUCGAGCAGCACAUGAAGACCGUAGUCAUAGACGAGGGUAUCGACAAUGAAGCGCUGACACUCGACGAACCCGUCGAGAGGAAACAAGAGCCGGAUGAGAGGAUGGGAAUCGGUGGCAAGUUCGACUCGGGUCUUCGAGACACGUACGACGACAAACGCGUGUACAAGCUGUCGGACCUCCAGCGUAACGUGGUGUUGCAGUCGAUCAACGAGAAAGCGUCUUACAUGUCUGAGAAGAACCCGGCUUACGAGGAGAACGAUCGGGAAGCUACGAAAGUACGUUCGGACGCCGUUAAGAAGGACUCGAUCUCUCAAACGCUGGUGGACGAUGUUCCGCGGAAGGACGUUCCGGACGCGAGCGAUAUUCGCGAGACGAGCCGUCCAGGUCUCGCUUCGAAGGACGACGGCGGGGAAAACAGCCCGGACACGCUGAGUCUGUCGCGGAACCAUGCUCAUGCCGAAGACGGCCAGACAGCGCGACUCGAUUCUUCGAGAAGCGCCGACAAGGAGGAGAGCAACGGGAGGUACGUCGAGGAGCCGAAGCGGAGCGACGCGUCGAAAUCGCCGAGGGAGCCGGACAGGAGCGAGAAGACGCGCUUCUUUGACCUGAGCGUGCUGCAGGACCCCAUCUACUUGGUGAUCCUGAUCUCCAACUCCACGUCGGCCAUCAGCAACACGAAUUUCAUGAUUCUGCUGCCGUCUUACGCGAUCGCCGAGGGCUUCGACAAGAACUCGUCCGCCCUGCUGUUGUCCAUAGUCUCCGCGCUGGAUCUGGUCGGCCGGAUCGGCGGGGCGUCCUUGUCCGACAUCGACUUCAUACCCAAGUAUUACUACUUCGUGGGUGGGCUCGGCACAAGCGGCAUCGCCCUGGCGCUGCUGCCAAUGGCGACCAGUUACACCAUGCUGUCGUUCUUCUGCGGCCUCUUCGGCCUCUCCUCGGGCAUGUACAUCGGCAUCACCACGGUCAUCCUGGCGGACAUGCUGGGAACCGAGAAGCUCAGCUCGUCCUACGGCAUAUCGUUGUUCGUGAACGGUGUGCUGCAGCUCGCCGGGCCGCCAGUCUGCGGGAUCAUCUUCGAGAACGUGCUCUCCUACAAGCCGAUCUUCCUCGCCUUCGGUAUCAUCCUGAUCCUGGGCACCGCGCUCUGGGCGGCGGUGCCGAUCAUCAAGAGGAACAACAAGAAGGAUCUGGAAGCGAUGUGAGAGGAUUCGGUCGGCGAAGUAGUGACGAGUCCCCGACGGACCGGUUUCUCAAGUGUGUGCCUUGGUAAAAGGACUAUAUUGUAUUACAAGUUUUGCGAGGACCUAUUUUCGAUUGUUGGACUGAAAACGAGAUCGCCGGCCGAAGGCGAACGAAUAGAUAGUCGUACGUGUAACGCACUGAGACUUAGUUAGAAAGUAAACUCUAGUUAUCGGAAAACAGGACGAAGAGAGUUUUGAAUUUUGUCGGAGUUCCUUCGUCGAACGGACGAUGUGUUGCUUGAAAUAAAGGAGAGAGUUUCAAAUAUUCGUCAGCGAAUUAUUAAUAUUAUUAUCCAUUGGCGAGAGACGUCGAAUUAACGUUUUAACGGAUUCAAUAUACGUAUGUACGUCUCUCCGUGAGUAUAUUCCGCUUGUACGAUAAGUGGAACGACUAGUGGUUUCUGUAUAAUGAGAAAAAAUAUAUUAUUUAAAAAAUCAGUCGAAAGAAUGUGGGGAUUCUUAUCGUCGGAAUGAAAAAGGACACAACAAUAUGACGCAAUCUGUAUGUACGGGGAACCGAGUGGAAGCUCGAUAAGAGAAAAUUGUGUGAACGCGCGCACACGCGAGGAACUUUAUUUUUUCUAUGUUAAAAUAUGCAUUUACAUAUGGAUAUGGAUAAAAAAGACACACGAGCAGCACGGAUGUAGGAGGAAAAUAAUUAUGAUACACCGUCAAUGAAUCUUAUUAUCAAAGAGUGUUGUACGGAUUGCAAAAUAUUUUGCUUAAAUCCAGAGUACGCAUUCUUUCUCUCUCUCACAAAUCCUAUUCGUUCUUUACUUAAUACAAGUUUUGUAUUUAUUG